AUGCAAGAACGUUCAUAUACAUUACCAAUGUGUUCUAUCAGUCGUACAACUCACGUUCCAUCACCAUUAGUAAAUGCUUCAACGGAUAAUACACAUUCAUCAUCGCCAAUAAUGUCGAAUGACAUUGAAACGAAUAUUGAAUCGUCAACAUCAACACCUGAAUUAAGUUUGCUACUGGAUAAAUUAACUGAAAUACUUCGGUUUCGUUCGGGUUGUCGUCGACAUUUAGGUGUAAUACAACAGGAAAAAAACGUAUCGCCAUCGCCGUCUACAACAAAUCUAAAGCGUUUACAAUCGAGUAGUAUUGAACCAUUACAUAAUACAAUCGAUAUUGCUUCUAUGCCAUUAAAUAAUUCAUUAAUAUCAACAGGUGCAUGGAAAUCAACAAAUAUUCAUAAUAAAUCAUCGAUGUCAAAUCGUUUUCAGCAUCACCAUCAUAAAUAUCAUGUAGAUUUAUCGAACAAUAUAAAUACUUUCAAUAGAAAACGUCGUCUACCAUGUUUAUUACAACGAUUAAUUGAUGAAGGAAAUUUAAUUAAAGAAGCUGUAAGUCGUCUUAAAACACAACGUUUCUCGCAGACACUUAAAUUACAAGAAAAACAAAAUCUACUUUAUAAUCCAUCAACACCAAAAACAACAACAAACUCAUCGAUACAAAGCCAAACAAAUUUCAUGACACGUUUAACACCAUCAUCAUCAAUAAAUAUAACUAUACCUCAACCAUUAAAUGAUUCUCCAAUACAAACAACAUCGUCACCCAAUCGUAGUAUAUCGUGGUUUUUAUCAUCGAAUGCAUUUGGUGUUAAUGCAUCAACAACAAAUCAUAGUAGUGAAAGCGGAUCCCCACUCCGUACAUAUUACUCGUCGAGUACACACGAUCGAACACCUAUGGAAAUUAGUAUUCAUGAUGUAUAG